UCAUCUAGAUUACGCUGUGCAGUUCUGAUCACCAUAUUACAGGAAGGAUGUUUCUACAAAGCGAGAUUAAAGCUGCUAAAUUUACAUUCGUUAGAGAGACGUAGGUUUAGAGGGGACCUGAUAGAAGACUUCAAGUGGUAUAAGGGUAAAAACAAGGGGGACGUAAGCAAAAUUAUUAGGGUCAGUAACCAGGAUAGAACAAGAAGUAACGGAUUCAAGCUUGAAAAAUUUAGGUUUAAAAACAAGAUAGGAAGGAAUUGGUGCUCAAAUAGAGUGGUAGAUGAAAGGAACGGACUCAGUAAUCAAUCUGUUAGUACUGAGUCAUUAGGGAGCUUUAAGAGAAGAUUAGAUAGAUUUAUGGAUGGGGAUGAUAGAUGGAAAUAGGUAGGUAUAUUUCAUACAGGGACUGCCACGUGUAGGCCUGAUGCUUUCUUGCAGCUUCCCUUACUUCUUAUGUUCUUAUGCUCUUAUGAGCCUUCUGUGACUGAUAUCAGUCAGACUCUGUGUGACAGUGCCAGUAACUUUCUAAUGUUAUUGUUAUUAAUAUCUCGUUGUCAUGACAUAAUGUUCAAUUACAUGUUCUUUCUUUCCUUCCCCCCCACCCCCUGCAUGAGCAGACCCUCUAGCUAAUCAGAAAUCGAAAUGUUUCGUGACAGGUUGCCAUGACGACCACCAGCGUCACUCAACCUGUACAGCGUGUGUCACUAUUGUCUGAGCUGGGCUUACACGCCGCGUGCUGCUGCCCUGUGCUUUGUUUCUGAAAGCUAUGGAAUAUUACAUCUAAAAAAGUGUUUUCUACCUUCAAUGUGAAACCUAUAACAGCACAAGUGAUAAACUGACAUUUGUGAGAAAAGUAAAUAAGCUUUAUUUAAGUCGCAGAAUGUACUAAAUGUAAUAGAAAAAUCUUGUGUGUUGAAAGUACAAGAAAAUUAUAUCAUAUGAUAAUUAUAAUAACAAACUAUAUUAUUGCUGAAGAUAAUAACCAACAUUCACCACCUGAUUCAAUGGCAAACCCGUGGAGCAAAGUUUUAACUCCUACGACCGAUAGCCUGCUUCAACCAGCACACGUCAUCGCUUUUGCUGACAGACAACAAAGAGCGAACGAAAAAAACGGAAAGAAAACUAAAAAGACGUAUGCGUUGAAGGAGAAAGAUUUUGUCACCUACAACUACACUGAGGGGCGAGGAAGCGAGGACGACAAUACGCUCUCCAACAUCUUGGUGAGGGCCAUGCAGCGGAAGACCAAGAGAAGAGAGAUCGAUGACGCAAUGAAAAUGAAGCGGCUACAGGAAACUAAACUGAAAGCAGAAGAAGAAAAAAGGCGUUGUCAGGAAGCAAAAUUUAGACAAGAAAGCAAACUUCGCGAGAUGAAAGAGAUGCAUCAACUAAGGAUACUAAAGGAGGAACAAUGGCGAGCGAGGGAAGCCAGGCAAGCGAGGAACAAUAAACUUGCAGACACGUUCAAUAAAGCACGACUCUUGCGUAACUCCUUCAGAGCUUUUAGAAAACUCAUAGAGAUGAGUAAAACCAACAAGAUUAAAGCCAAAAAUCACUAUAGACAAAAAGUUGUUCAAAGAGCUUUUUCCAAAUUACUGAUUCACAGCUCCAAGGAAAUCCAGUGGAGGGAUCAAGUGGCCACACAUUUUUAUGAAGCUUGGCUCCUUCAAAAGUAUUUUGCAAAAUGGAAAGAGGGGAAGGCAGAGAAGGACCGACAGGUGAUGAGGGCCACAUGCCAUCAUCAUCAGUGUCUCCUCCGGCGAGCCCUGUGGAUUUGGCGAUGGACAGCUCUUGACCUCAUACUGCAACAUCGAGCUGACUCCUUAAGGGCCUCUAAACACUACCUUGGGAAGCUCCUCGCCUACAGCCUAUCAGCUUGGAAACGUUAUGCUAGGACGAGGAGAUCAAGACGAUGGAGAGAUGUUGUGGGCACCAGCCUCAGAGGGCUUGUUAAGGACAUUGUCCCAGAUUUCUCUCCGUCCUCCUGCUCUGAUGACGACGAUGACAACGAUAGAUUGAAGUCUCCUGACUGGACGAUGUCAGUGCUUUCUUGAAA